AUGUCCUCCCAAAACGACAUCGCAAAACACUUCCGCACCCUACACAACCCCAAGGACCCCCUAAUCCUCACAAACAUCUACGACGCCAGCACCGCCUCCCUCAUAGCCUCCCUCCCCACAACCCGCGCCAUAGCAACAGCCUCCUUCGCCGUCGCAGCCACCCUCGGCGUAAACGACGAAGACCUAACAAAAGCCCAGAACCUCUCCGCCCUGAAAUCCAUCAUCGCCGCCGUCCACCGUAUAAACCCUGCCCUCCCCGUCACAGUCGACCUCCAGGACGGCUACGGCAAUGAUCUCCCCGCGCUAGCGGCGACUAUCAAGGAAGCUAUCGUGCUCGGCGCUGUGGGCUGUAACCUCGAGGAUAUGGAUAAUGCGGCUGGGACGCUGCGCCCGCUGGAUGAAGCCGUUGCGCGGGUUAGGACGGUCGUUGAGGCAGCUAGGGAAGCGGGGUGUCCUGAUUUUGCGUUGAAUGCGCGGACGGAUGUUUUGUUUCAGGAGGGGGGACGUUGGAGGAUGUUCUUGUUAGGGGUAGGGCGUUUUUGGAGGCGGGAGCUUGCACGGUGUUUGUUUGGGGGGGGUCCUGGGGGGAGAGGGGUGUCCAGGGAGGAGGUGGAGGUUUUGGUUAGGGAGUUUAAGGGGAUGGUUAAUGUGAAGAUGAAUCUUAGGGAGGGGUUUUUGGGGGUCCAGGAGAUUAGGGAGUUGGGGGUUGCGAGGGUUAGUUUGGGGCCAGAGUUGUGGAAGUGUGCUAUGAAGGCUGUUAAGGAGCAGGCUGAGUUAUUGUUGAAGUAG